AACGGGUCGGCGUGUCUGGUCGACCGCAGUAUCAUGUUUGCCAUGCAUGGAAACUGGGCGUUGCCAACCUGACACACCUUUCUCGACCUCUCGCUGCAAGUGGCGCCGGUGGGUGGGUGGGUGUCCACGAGUGGGCGUCUUCGUGUGUGCAUUUGUUUUCCUGUUGUGUGUCUGUUCAGUCGCUGCAGAGUGUGUCGCUCUUUUUGUGUGUGGAGAGCUACUUCGGCGAAGAGACGCUCGAAGGGAGAGAGGUAAACAGAGUACAAGUCUGUUUGUGUGUCUCAACCAACGUGUGUGGUGCAAUGGGUCCACGGAUGCCCGGCCGGUCAUCAGGAGUAUUCCUGUGGGGCAAGCAAAAGAGACGGGUGCGUUUAGAAGGCACUAAUAUGACACACACGAUCGACUGUCCACCACACAGGCGACCAAGUAGCUGUCGGUCACUCAUGCGCCGGAGAUGCUCUUCUUGCACAUCAAACGGUAUCUCACACAGACAGACAGACACACAGCCACACAGCCACACAUACCUCUCAUUCUGCCGUCUUUCGCCUCAGGCCGGCCAGCACAUUGGCCUAUUUGACCUGCUGCCGGACGUCGAGCGUGACGUCUUCUUCGCUCUGCUCGGCCCCGACGGCCUCGCCCGCCUCCGGCGCACCUGCACACUCGGCAGCCAGCGCGUGUCGGAGGCCUAUGUCAAGACGCAGAUCGAUGCACUUCUCGUCGACAAGGGCCUCCAGGACAUCCUCAGCUACGACCUGCCAUCCGUCGGUCAUCUGCUGCGGCUCCUGCACAUCAUCCAGCAGAGCGGCGAGUGGGCGGCCAUGGUGGCCAUCAUCAGAGUGGCUGUGCAUCAGGGGCGGGGGGGAGGGCAGUUGCCGAUAGAGCUGGGCGAGGCUGAUGUGGAGGCGUUGGACGGCCGGGCAGUGUUUGAGGGGCGGUGUGAGGCGCUGCGCCAGCUCUCACUCAUCGGCCGGCACAUCGGCCUGCCGCUGUGGCUCGUCAACAGCGAGGAGGUGCUGGGUUGUCGGUCGUAUGGUGAGCGAGGUGGGAAUACCUAUGGGCAACGGAUCAUUUGGUUGCGUGUCUGUGUGUCUGCAGGUCGGGAGUUUGCGUCAGUCCGCGACGGUGUCCUGGACAGGUGAGAGAUGAGUGGUAGGGGUACACAUUGGCUGCCCCGCUCUGCCGUGAUGUGCCUGAUCAGGAUGGGUCGGGGAGGGUCGGAGGUCGCCCGUCAGUAUGUCUACCAGGGCAACGAUGCCACACGCCUCAACCGACUGGUCAGCAAGGAACACACGACUGCCUCAGCAGCCGCCCCACUCGCUCAUUGUCAUAUCUCACUUUCUCUUCAGCGGCAGCUCGCCACUCAGGAGCUGCCCAUCUGGAACUGCCACACCAUCAGCACCUGCCUGGCACCAGAAGGCUUCUAUCGAAUGAUAGUGCUGCAUGGCGACCAGCCGGAUGACAGAUUCACGGCCCACAUCGACAUCUUCAGCUGCCACAUCGAUGCCCACGCCUUCCUCCACACGACGGAGCGUCCGGUGGAUGGCAGGAAGGGAGCGGUCAGGUUCCCCGAGACAGUGAGGGUCGUGCAUGAGGUGAUGGGAGCCGACGCACAGGUGGCGUUCGGCAACCAACUGGCCGUAGAGGUAGACUAGAACAACUCAUCUCUCAAAUGCCGACUGUACAGACGGCCUCCCUGUCUGUCUGCCCACGGCAGCAGAUGGCAGGCAGGCGUGUUCGAGAGACUGACGGAUGGAUACCUUGGUGGACGGUGUGUGAGUCUGCGUGAUGGGACGGAGUGGAUGGCGUCCUUCAGUGGGUGACGGAUUUUCUUAUAUAACGGGAUACAAUGGAGGUUCUCUCUCCCCACAGAAACAUAUUCACCAGUCAAUCCGACUCGUCUGUUCACACAUAGUGUGCGACGCUAGCCUGCAGGGGCGGGGCCAACAGCAC